AUGGAGGCAGAAUUAAGUUGCCCUGUUUGUAACAAGCCAUUUGUCAACCCUAUAAUCUUGCCAUGUUCUCACAACAUUUGCUUGGGUUGUUCGCAGUCAGCGUUGACAACUGCCGGUGGAGACAAAUCUGCGACUGAUCGAAAUGGAACACAGGUUGACACUGAGGAAACACCGUACAUCACUUUUUACGACAUGAAUCACUUGUAUCAGAGCAUAGGAAAUCUACCGUGUUUGAAGUGUCCAACAUGCAGCAAACUAUUUCCCAUCGACGGCCAAGGGAUCAGUGGAUUUCCCCGCAACCGCCUGUUGGAAAAUAUUGUUAAUCGGUAUUAUGCUAAAUCGAAUGGAAUUGUUUACUGUCAACUUUGCGAGGAAACCCAACCUUGUCAAGCAACGGUUAUGUGCGAGCAAUGUGAAGUUGCUUAUUGCGAUCGAUGCUGUAAAACUUGUCAUCCUAGCCGCGGUCCUCUAGCGAAGCACUCUUUGAUUCCUCCCACAAGUUCGAAGUCGCCUAACAAACCGACUGUAGUCAAGUGCGGUAGCCACAGCGAAGAAAACAUCAGCAUGUACUGCGUAUUCUGCCGAGUUCCUGUUUGUUAUGUGUGUUUAGAGCGAGGACAGCACAGUGGGCACGAAGUGAAAGCUUUAGGAGCGAUGUUUAAAGAGCAAAAGGUAAAAAUAAAAUCGUAUCUAAUUCGUAUUAUUUUAUCUUUGACCAGAGGAGAUAAUCAGCUAACUUCAUGAACUCCUCUCCACUGAGAAAUCAUAUAAACUAUCCCUGUGACUAAAUGUAACACCUGUAAUUUGUUUUUUCAGUUUUGUUUUUGUCUUUUUUAUGAAGAAAUUUUUGACAUCACAGAAGUCGAAAUUGCCUUUCCAGCAUUUUACUAGCCUCUUGUGCGAAGAUAUAUUUUUCUGGGGAAGAUCUUGAGCAAUAUGCAAAUUUGAGUAAUGUGAAUAUUUAAUGUUACAAGCUAAGUUAUCGAAGUCAAAAAUGGGAAAGUUUUGGUCAAAAGCUAUGAAGAAAACCAUUAAUUUCUUUUUUUUUAGCUUUUCCAUCGAAGCCCCAUUUUUAAUGAUUUAUUGAUGUAUUUUGUGAAAAAACUGAAUGUACAUAAAUGUAUUGUACUUCUUAAUUACUAUGAGACAAUUUUUAAAAAUUACCCCUAUGAUAGUUUCAUUUUUCAGUUUGUAAUUUGUGUAUGGUAAACAUUUCUAAAAUUGUUCACCUAGAAUGACAUUGUGUCUUAUACACCCUAAUUAUUUUGUUCUUUCUAGAGCUACAGAUGUUACAAACAUUUUGUAUUUACAUUGAAACAGUACACCUCUUUUUAAAAGGAACGUAGAAACUGUUGAUUUCUCCGAUGUAGCCAUAUUGAAUUCUGAAAAUUUUGUCAUUGAUGUUAUUUUCCGGCCCCAUUUUUAGUGACAUGUCCUUUCUCUUGGGUUGAAUCAAAAUAGUUUAAAAGAUAUGCCGAAAAUAUUGUAAUUUUGAGGGCCUUUGCUGCCAGAUAUUAAGGGAAAUAAUUAGUCAGUGAGUGACAUGCUGGCAUACCCAGGAAAAGGAAAUUUCAAACUCUCCCAUUAGGAACAUAAUCUGAAUUUUAUGACUACAAUAUUUCUUCUUCAAAGAUUACUCAACACCUGUUUCUUUUUUCAGUUUUGCUUUUUUUCCUUUUUUUGAAACAAAUCAUUUUGACAUCGUUAUUGUAAAGAUAACAAGUGCAGCAACUUGCUUGAUGCAGAAGAUUAUCUACAAAAGACAAGAGACUCGGCAGGCCAUUAGUCGAGGAAAAAGUGAUCAACAGACAUCUUGUCGAUAAUGACAAUUUCAACUUUGAUGCAAUUGUUUUUGGACAAUGAUGAAAAUGAAGAGGGUGAAUUUUAAAGCUGGCAAUAAAAGUGACAUAUGAUGUUCUUUCAGUCUGUGACACAACCAUGUUGGGAAAGAGGAAUUUUGAGUGCUUACUACAAGAUUUGAGUCUUUGAUCAUCCAAUUAUCUGUGGUGCUUCAGACACUUUCCCAACAGAGCUAUCAAGGUUCUAAGCUCAGCUCUUUUCAAUGUUAAAAGGUGCAUUGUCACCAGAAAUAAAAUUAUUAGUCACCAAAAAUAAAAACACAAACAAAACAGUUUUUUUGCCUAAUAUCCUGUGAUAGAUGUGUAUUUGUAGGAAAUUGAAAUGUUUAGUAUAUUGAGGAAAGUGAAAGAUAUUUUUAGUCAGUGAUGUAGACAUACUCAGGAAAAAAGAAAGUCCAUGGUUAGGAUCAUAUAACAAAUAUCUCAUGCACAACACCAGUAUUGUGGAGCUCAUGGGUUCAAAUCCCUUACAAACCUGAAUUUUUUCAGGCCUUAUUUUUAUUACUGCUUAAGUCGUGUUCAUUACUGUGACGAUCACUUUUCAAAUUCAUUUCUUAAACCGAAGUUCACCCACAUGAUUUUCAUAUAUUUACAGUCAUGUGUUACAGGAUCUGAAUGUCAGUAUGAUAUCUAUGUGCAGUGAUGAAAAUGAAAAAUAGUAUGAAAGUGAAAUUAUUUUCUUUGCACAUAGAUGCAAGCAAAGUUUGAAAAAAUAGAUCCUUUUUUUUUUUAGAAAAAUUAUAUUUUACCUUUAAGUUGAUUUAUCCUUAAUUUAUUCUGGUUUAUUCCUUAGGCUGAACUUUUAGCCAGCAUGAAGUUACUGGAUGGAAAAAAUAACGAUUUGAAAAACUUUAUUCAGCUUCUUAAUGGAAACUGCUCGAUAAUCCAGGUAAUGCACAACUGUGGUUGUUUAAAUCAGUGGUUCUUGUCUUAGAGCUGAAUCUGAGGUUCCCACAUCUUAAAAUUAAAAAAAAAAAAAAAACCAGAGAAAAAUUACACAGGUUAUCCAAAAACAAAACCUGGUGACCUGUGGUGCCUAGGCUGUGGCGCCUAGGCUUUGCAAUAGCACUGCCUGGUGACUUGUGGCAGCUAGGCUUUGCAAUAGCAUUGCCUAGUUACCAAUAACUGGUUAUGAUAUUAUUAUUAACCCUUUAACUCCCAGAUCAAAUUUGUAAUUCUCCUUACUCCCAACCAUACAAUUCUUAUAAUGAUAGUUCUGAGAAUUUAGUAUUGGUUCAACUAAUUAUCCCCAAAUUUAUAUUUUUCUUUACUCUCAUCACUUAUCUGGUUGAUAUUGUGUUGAUAUUGUAAGGAGAAAUUCUGUCUUGGUUACUCAUGAGAAUUAAAGGGUUAAUUAAUUUAUUUUAUGAAUUGAAUUGAUUAUGGUACUUGAUGACAAUAAGGGACAAUGCAAAUUUUUUUAUUUUGAGAUGUUCAAGUAGCUUAUGAAAGAGAAAAUUAAAGCUUAUUUAAUUUGACUUUUCAAAAGAUGAGAAUUUUUUGAAGGAGGCUAGGGUAUAGUUUAAUAGUGUUCAUCAUCUUUUCAUUCAUUCAUUCAUUCACUUCUCAAAUUUCCUUUUUCCAGGAAAAUGGUUUAGAAUUUGAAGCUAGUGUGGUAGCUCAAUGUGAUUCGUUGAUAAAUUUCAUACAGCAACGUAAAGUGGAGCUAAUUGAAGCCAUCACAACAGAGAUGAACUCCAAGACACAGAAGAUCAAAGAGCAAAUCAAAGCUUGUGAAGAAAAGGGUAAAAAAGUAGCAGGGGUGCUGCAAUAUGCUCAUGAAUGUUUAGAAGGAACCGACGCAGCCUCUUUCUUGUUGGUAAGAAUUUUUUGAGACAAACUCAAUUGAUCAUUGAUAUAUAAUGAUUGUGUAUGGGAGAAACUCUGGAAAAGUUUACUUGAAUGUGGAUAAAUUGAUCUGGAUGGGUCUGAUGAUUUUACUUUUAUCUUUCCAGGUUGCUAACUCUCUCAAUGGAAGGUGAGUUGAUUUUUCAAUGUUGGUUGUAAGACGAGGAUUACUGCAUGAGCAUUGAAGUUAUGAAUAAGGAGGUGUUAUCGAAAUUAAUCUUAAUUGCAUUCAAGGGUAUAAGUUUCUUGUCUGAUUAACUGAAAUUUGUCAUAUGAUCAAAUAAUAAUUACAGUUUAAUGAUGGAAAACAGAUCUUAUAAACUAUGCAAAAAUGAUCAUUUUUCGCAGAGUUUGUGAUAUACAAGCUUGAAAUAGUCCUAGAAGGGGUCAAGAAGCUUAAUGGUUCAUUUUCUUCUUUCUUCUGAACAAUCACAGAAUUUUGAAUGUUGUUAAUCACUGGUCGAAAGAAGUAAAACUUGAACCAACUACUGGUGUGGAACUGGAAUUGACUUUGGACACAUCAGGAGCAAUACAAGCCCUCCAUGAUUUGCACUUCAUAGAACUCAAAGGUAAAUGAUUCAGUGGUAUGACUUAUACCCCAUUCUCACCAAAUUGUAAAGAUGUUUAAAAGCUGUUUUUUCAAACACAGUUUAAAAUUGUUUUCUUCAUAAAAGCUUCCUUAAACCUAUGUUUGUCAAUUCAAAUUUAGCACACUGAAAAUACAAGUUAUUGCCUACUUGAAACCUACAGGAAAUUCAGUUGUUCAAUUAUCUAUUUCUGAUUAUCAUUCAGUGAAACCUAGUUUAACAAAACAUGUUUUGCUGGUGUGAAUGGCAUGUUAGGCACCGUUGGUUUACAAAAAGAAUUGGGACUAUCCUUGGGUCAAUGAAUGCAGUUGUUAACCCUUUAACUCUCAUGAGUGACUAAGAGAGAAUUUCUCCUUACAAUAUCAAUACAAUAUCAACCAGAUAAGUGAUGAGAAUAGAGAAAAAUAUCAAUUUGGGAAUAAUUAGUUGAUCCAAUACUAAAUUCUCUGAACUAACAUUAUAAGAAUUGUAUGGUUGACUGUAAGGAGAAUUACAAAUUUGAUCUGGGAGUUAUAGGGUUAAAGAAAGAAACCUGCAUUGACUGAAUGUGAUGUGUUUGACAAAAAACUCAGCUCCUUAUAGUUUUCUUUAUGUCAUUUAUUUACUUGUUUACUCUUUUGCAGCUCCAAUAGCCCCAGAAAUAGUCCCAGAUGAAUGCACUGUCACAAACAAUGCAAUUACAUUAUCAUGGAGACCUCGAAUCAAACAGAGCUGUGUUGAUGGCUAUGUGGUUGAGAUUGAUGAUGGUACUUCAAGUGGUAAAGAGGACAAUUUUCAAGAGGUGUAUCGUGGGAGUUGUCUGGAGUGCACUGUAUCUGGCCUGCAAUUUAACUCUACAUACAGAGCAAGAGUCAAAGGUUUCAAUAAGGCCGGGGAGGGUGCUCCAAGUGAUGAGGUGUAUCUGACGACAUCUGAUGGUAAGAAAAAGAUAUUAAUUGUUACAUAUUAGAGUGAAAUAUUGUCCUCAUUUCCUAGAGUCUCUCACACAUUUUGUUUUCCAAACUGAAGUUUUUUUGUAUACAAUAUGAAUGAAGUAAAAAAUAAUUCAGUCUAUGACUUUAAAAAAUUUGGUUACAAGUGCAAAGUAACAGCAAUAGCUGAGAGAUUACUAGGAUGGAACAAAUUUCUGAAGACCACAAGAAAUAGCCAUAUCUUCACUGUUAUUCAAAGUGAAAUAAUUUUUUUAUGGUUAAGGUAUCAUAGAAGGAAAAUUAGCAUUUUCAGUCAAACUGAGAUUGCUUGAAAAUUAUGCACCCUUAUAUAACCCUGUAAAUGACGGGAAAGAUAUGAAGAUCAUUUUGAGAGCUGCAGAUAAAGAAUUGAAUAUGGAAUUGAUAUGUGCAGUUUGUACAUUACUUAAGCAGUAGUGGAAAUAAAGCUUAUACAGGCAUGAAUUUUUUUUCAAUCCUUAUUUUUACUACUACUGAAGCAGUGUUCGAAACUGUGAAGAUCGCUUCCAUUUUCAACCCUGUUUAAGUAUAUAUUUUCUUAAAGCUUACUAAAAGCUGACUUUGGAUGUGUAAUUGAAGGGUAAUGGGACAGAACGUUUGCAGGGGUUCAUUAUUUUAUGACCUUUGUGAGACAGGUAGGGAUACAGCUUUCUAGGGGUCAAUCUUUUCAGAUACAUUUGGAAGAAAAUUACACCAGAGUAUUCUGACCUGGAAGUGCUUAACAAGAUCAUACUAAUUCUCUUUACUAUCUGUUACAAUUCUUUAACUAGUAAUCUCAUAUUUUUCCCUUUCUUAUCACCUGCCUGCUUGAUUUUAUUGACAUUGCCUUGGUCACUGGUUAACUCUACUGGAUUUUAAGCUGCUAUUUUUCCCUUGUAUUUUAGUUGCCUGGUUCAUCCAGACAUAGUUCUUAUCCAAAUGUUCUUACAAAUGACAACUCAACAACAACAUGCACCAGCUUUGAUGACAGAGUUGUGCUGGGUAACAUUGGUUUUUCCAGGGGCUGUCAUUACUGGGAGGUGACCAUUGAUCGCUAUGAUGGAAACCCUGAUCCAGCAGUUGGUGUUGCCUUAGCAAGCACCAUCAAGGAUUCCAUUCUGGGAAAAGAUGACAAGGCAUGGUGCAUGUACAUUGAUAGCAGUCGGAGCUGGUUUCGUCACAACAAUGAGCACUCCAAUCGACGUGAUGGUGGGGUAGAUGUUGGUUCAGUAAUCGGAGUGUUACUGGACAUACCAAAUCACAAAGUGACAUACUAUUUAAAUGACCAGAAGAGAGGUCUCAUGCGACUGCCUGAUACUUCAGAGGCAUUUUAUGCUGCAUUCAGUUUGAGUCGUAAUGUACAAAUCACAUUGCAUACUGGGCUUGAGCCUCCAGAAGAAGCGUUAGUUUAUUAA